UUGACGAGUGCGGUCCGCGCACGACCGCUUCGCAUUCGUAUUGAUGCUUAUUUAAGGAGAAAACCAAGUCAGCAGUGAUUUUAAACCCGAAUCCGAUUUGGCUGUUUAAUAGGCAUUAGAGAAUAGAGUGAACGAAACCUGAUUGAUGGAGACUGAUGGAAUAAGCGGCUUCGAACAUUUCCUGGUGAUAAAGAUGGAGCAGCAUGAAAACAGUCAGACCGCAGAGACUCCAGAUGUGCAGACGAAAACAUGCCAGUCCUCACCUAUGCAAGACUGCAAAAACAAAAGGCAGUAUCUCAAGGAACUGAAAGAAGAUUCUGUCACAUGCCAUCAGCAUGAAAUGCAUUUCAUGCAACAAGCAAACUUUAAGCAGCACAUAGGCAUUCACACUGGAGAGAAGCCAUUCAUCUGCCCUCAGUGUGGAAAAACAUUCAUAUUUAAACAAAGCCUCGAGAGACACAUCAGAAUUCAUACUGGAGAGAAACCUUUUUCCUGCUCUGAAUGUGGGAUGAGUUUCAUAGAGAAACAAAAGCUUAAUAUCCACAUAAGAAAUCACACGGGAGAACAACCUUUCACCUGCCCUCAGUGUGGAAAGAGCUUCACAUUUAAACAAAGCCUUGAGAGACACAUGAGAAUUCACACCGGAGAGAAGACUUUUACCUGCUCCGAGUGUGGGAUGAGUUUCAUAGAGAAACAAAAGCUUAAAAUUCACAUUAGGAUUCACACUGGAGAGAAACCUUUCAGCUGCCCUCAAUGUGGAAAGAGUUUUAGAGUAAACAGGAGCCUUAAGAGACACAUGAGCAUUCACACUGGAGAGAAACCUUUCGGAUGUACCCAAUGUGCAAAGCGUUACACAGUGAAACAACACCUUGAGAAUCACAUGAGAAUUCACACUGGAGAGAAACCUUACACUUGCACGGAGUGUGGAAGCAGUUUCAUGGAACAACGACAACUUAUAAUCCACAUGAGGAUUCAUACUGGGGAGAAGCCUUUCACUUGCCCUCAAUGUGGAAAGAGUUUCACACAGCAAGGACAGUUGAAAUGUCACAUGAGAAUUCACACUGGAGAGAAACCUUUCACUUGCACUCAGUGUGGAAAGUGUUUCACAGUGAAAAGUACGCUUGACAGUCACAUGAGAGUUCACACUGGAGAGAAGCCUUUCAGCUGCUUUCAGUGUGGGAAGAGUUUCAUUCAACAAGGGCAACUUCAAAUUCACAUGAGCGUUCAUACUGGAGACAAGCCUUUCAUAUGCCCGUAUUGUAUGAAGAGUUUCCCACUGAAGCAUGGCCUUGAGAGACACAUGAGAAUUCACACUGGAGAGAAGCCUUUCAGCUGCUCUGAAUGUGGGAUAAGCUUCAUAGAGAAACAAAAGCUUAAUAUUCAUAUGAGAAUUCACACUGGAGAGAAACCAUUCAGCUGUUCUGAGUGUGGAAAGAGUUUUACAGUGAACAGGAGCCUGAAGAGACACGUGAGAACUCACACUGCAGAGAAACCAUUCACCUGCACCCAAUGUGGAAAGAGUUUCAUGGAACAAGGCCACCUUGAAAGUCACAUGGGAAUUCACACUGGAGAAAAGCCUUUCACCUGCUCUGAGUGUGGAAAGAGUUUCACAGUGAACAGAAACCUUAGGAGACACAUGAGCAUUCACACAGAAGAGAAGCCUUACACCUGCCCUCAGUGUGGAAAGAGCUUCACAGAACACGGACAACUUAAAAGUCACAUAACCAUUCACACUGGAGAGAAAUCUUUCGCCUGCUCUGAAUGUGGAAAGAGUUUCACAGUGAAACAAGGCCUCAAGAGACACCUAAGAAUUCACAUUGGAGAGAAGAAUUUCACUUGCUCUGAAUGUGGAAAGCGGUUCAUGCAGCAAGGACACCUUCAAAACCACAUGCGAAUUCACACUGGAGAGAAGCCUUUCAUCUGCUCUGUGUGUGGAAAGGGUUUCACGAUGAACAUUACUCUUGAGAGGCACAUGAAAAUUCACACUGGAGAGAAGCCUUUCAGCUGCUCUUAUUGUAUGAUGAGUUUCACAGUGAAACAAGGCCUUGAGAGACACAACAGAAUUCACACUGGAGAGAAACCAUUCACCUGCUCUGAGUGUGGAAAGAGUUUCAUGCAACAAGGACACCUUCAAAUUCACAAAAGAUUUCACACCGGAGAGAAGCCUUUUAUCUGCUCUGAAUGUGGAAAGAGUUUCACAGUGAAACAAAGCCUUAAAAGUCACAUGAGAAUUCACACUGUAGAGAAAACUUCCAACAGAUUGGAGGAGUCUCCUCUACCGCCACCUGUGUGCUUCAUCCAUCCAGAUAAUGUAGUCAGUCAUAGCAUACCAGGACACCUAUCAGCUAAUGGAGGAGAGUGAUUAGUCAAACUAUUUGAAAGAUUAGGAGGCCAGGACUGAUAAGAGACCAAUGAAUGCCAAUAAAAACACAUUGUAAAUAGAAGGAG